ACAGUUUACUUUUUUACUCAAUGUUUCAAUUUUCAAGUUUCAAUUAGGGUUUCAACAUUGAAAACAUAUUUAAGUUUUUGGCCAAACAUUUAAAAGGCAGGAGCUGUUUAGAAGAUAGGCUUUUAAGUAUCAGAAGUAACAUUUACAUUCCAAAGAAUUCUUUAUUCUUAGUGGCUAUUGCUACAGUCUUUUAAAUCUAUUCUUGAUAAAUAUCAUCUGCUACACAUCAUUUUAUGAAGCUCGUGCUAUGGAGGUACUUUAUCAUCAGACCAGUCAAUUAAUUCAAGAAACAACUGAUUUAUUUCAUAAACUUGAUAAUGAUCCAAAUCCAGAAAAAAUUGAAAAUGACAUUCAAUUGAGGAUAAACCAAAUUAAUGGGAAUUGUGAGAAACUAGAUAUCAUGGUGUUUAAAACACCUAUCAAUCAAAGACCUACAGCAAAAAUGAGGGUCGACCAACUCAAAUAUGACAAUAAACACAUACAGGCGUCACUAAUAAAUGCUCAAAAUAAAAGAAGAAGGCGGGAACAAGAAAGGACAGAAAGGGACCAGUUGUUAAGCAGACGUUUUGGGAAUGACCACAUGGCAAUCACUGUGGAUUAUAUGGCACAAGAAAAUGCAUCAUUACAGAACUCGCAUAGAAAUGUAGAUGAGAUGCUACAUACAGGAUCAAAUAUUUUGGAGACGCUUCGCUACAACCGCGAUACAUUGAAGGGUGCCCACCGCAGGCUUAUAGACUUGGCAAACACUUUAGGGUUGUCCAAUGCAACAAUCUCCCUUAUAGAAAGGCGGGUCUCUCAAGACAAAUACAUCCUCUACGGUGGAAUGUUUGUAACAUUAUCUGUGAUUGUCCUUGUUAUAAUAUAUCUAACAUAGAUAUAUUGUAACUAUUCGCUUUUAAGAUAUUUAUUUUUUAAGAAUGUAUUUUAUCGUUGCUACGUUAUAUUGUUUAUGUGUAUAAAAGUCAUUACAAUUAAAAACAUUAUACCUAC